CGAGAUGCGUGUGCUAAGCGUUGCUGUUCUACUAUUGGUGGUGUUGGUGGCUCUACUCGUCCCGAGCGCUACCGCAAUAAGAAGUUACAAAGGAAUGUGCGCCUGUCCGAAGAUCUAUCUGCCCGUUUGUGGAAGCGACAUGGAAACGUACGCAAACACCUGUCUGUUCCGGUGCAAGGCUGAAAGUUCGUAUGGUAAAUCGGUUGGCUUGCGGAUUCUGCACAAAGGAGAUUGUGAGACGAAGGACCCGGUGAGAAUUCCCGAAGAGAUUCCCUUCGAAUAAG